AUGGGGCUAUUGCAGGAGAAGCCAGAGACGGGGGUGCAAGGGGAUGUCGAGAGGAAUAACGAGAAUGUUGCCUCGGACAAGCGUGGCAGCGAAACUGUGUCUGUUUCUAGCUCUGAGCCUGACUUCUCUGAUAUCGACGAGAAGAAGGUGAUCAGGAAGAUGGAUAUCCGCCUAAUACCUGCGUUGGCGCUUCUCUACCUACUCGCAUUCUUGGAUAGAGGGAAUAUUGGAAAUGCAAAGAUUGAAGGGUUGGACGUUGACCUGGGCCUUAAAGGAGGCCAGUUCAAUUGGUGCUUGACUGUAUUCUUUUUCACAUACUCUGUCUUCGAGGUCCCAUCCAAUAUCUUGUUGAAGAGACUGCGCCCUUCACUUUAUCUACCUUCGAUUAUGCUUGCAUGGGGAACUGUUGUGACCCUGAUGGGGAUUGUACGGGACUAUAAAGGAUUGUUAAUUGCUCGAAUCUUUUUGGGGGUCGCCGAAGCCGGAUUGUAUCCUGGUGUUGCGUACUAUAUCACGAUGUGGUACUGCAGGCACGAGGUGCAGCUUAGGCAAGCCAUGUUUUUCAGUGCUGCUAGCAUUGCAGGCGCUUUCUCUGGUCUGUUGGCAUUUGCCAUUGCAAAAAUGGAUGGGGUCGGAGGAUACCAGGGAUGGCGAUGGAUUUUCAUUCUGGAGGGACUCCUGACUGUUGUUGUGGCUGUUGGCGCAUUUUUCUUCCUUGAAGAUUUCCCCGAAACAGCAUCAUUCCUGAGCUCCAGAGAGCGAGAGUUCGUUAUUUAUCGGCUCAAAUAUCAGGGGUCCAGUUUGUCUGGGAGAAAAGUGGCCCAGACGGAGGAAUUCAAGUGGAAGUACAUCAAAGAGGUGUUCACAGACUGGCAAGUCUAUGCAUCACUCUUCGUUUGCGUGGGCAUCAUCUGUCCCCUGUACGGCACCUCGCUAUUCUUGCCGAGUAUCAUCAAGGACUUGGGAUACAAGACCUCAACAGCACAGCUCCUGACGGUCCCCAUAUAUGUGACGGCGGCAACACUUGCCGUUGUAGUCGCCUUCUACUCCGACAAAAGCGGCAAGCGUUCACCGUUUGUGCUUGGAUGCAUGUCCAUGAUCGGUCUCGGUUUCAUCAUCUGUAUCUCUGCUGCAGGGAGAGGUGUUCCAGGAGUGGUAUAUGCAGGCGUUUUCAUCGCCAUCUGCGGCAUUUAUCCUGCUUUCCCCGGUGCCGUGACAUGGCUAGCCAACAAUCUUGCCGGAAGUUACAAGCGUUCCGCAGGAAUGGCAUUCCAGAUCGGAGUAGGCAACAUGUCAGGAGCAAUGGCGUCGAACUUCUAUCGAGCGCCAGAUGCACCCAAAUACACUCUCGGCCACGCUCUUGAACUUGGGUUUUUGGUGGCGGGCGUGAUAUCAGCCGUCUUCAUGCGUGAGGCAUAUAAGCGGGUCAACGCCAAACGAGACCGAGAAGGCACCCAAGGCUUAAGUGACCAGGAACUCAGCGAGCUGGGCGAUAAGGCGCCUUCAUUCCGCUACACUCUUUAA